AUGGAGUCAGCGAAGCGAACGAAAGCAUAUAAGAAUGUUGUGAUAUCUCCUGGCCACGAGAGCGAAGAAGGUACCAUCGCCAGUGGAAAAGUAUCCAAGCUGCUUCCCCUGUGCCCCACCCGGUGGGUUCUUCGAGUAAAAGCGAUGAUGCGCUUCGUCGAGAACUACGAAAGGGUGCAACUAACCCUGAAAGACAUUUUGAAUGACAAGGGGUAUCCGCGAGACGACAAGAAGGCAGCAAUACACGGCUUCUUGAAGAAAAGGCAAAAGUUCGAGACCGUGUUUGGUCUCAACUGCGCCAUCACAAUAUUUGGACCAUGCGAAGAACUUGCAACAUCGCUGCAGAAGCCAGAUACUUCUGUGGGAGGAGCGCUGAGGGCGACGGAGGUCCUGGAAGCACACUUGACAAGGCAAAGAAAGGAGAGUGGUUUCCAAGAAGUGUACGAACGUACAGAGGGGGCAGCAAAAAAGCAUAAGCUAAAGGCCCCUUCAAACAAGACCACGCGAUGCGGUCCUCCAAGAAGGUACGAACACAGCAGCGAGCCCUGUCAACCAGCGUUUCUAGACGCGGAGACAGGCCUUCGGGAGCAGUUCUACGAAGCGUUAGAUUGUGUUCGCGCCGAGCUUGCAAGGCGAUUCAAGCAACCAGGCAUGCAAAGUCUCGCACAACUAGAGCAAAUAAUUUUGUGCGCUAUUCAAGAGAAGCCACAAACUGCAGAAGAACUUGAAAGGAAGUUAGGAUCGGACGCUACUGAUUUCCACCUGGAAAGCCUUUCAAGGCAGCUGAACAUGGUUCACUCGCUCUCAAGCGGUCAGAUCGGCUCCGUACCCGAGUUGUGCCGUGCUCUGGGCAGACAAGUCCCAGAGGUCAAGAGGAUGAUGACUGAGGUGAUGCGCCUUGCGGCACUUAUAAUGACAGUGCCAGCGUCAGCGGCAUCAGCUGAACGAAGUUUCAGCGCACUUCGGCGUAUCAAGAAUUACCUCAGAGCUACCAUGUCACAAAAGCGACUGACUCAGUUGAUGCUGCUGCACGUAAAUAGUGAGCGAGCUGCAAAACUUGAUCUGAACUGUAUCAUCAGAGAGUUUGUGUCGAGGACGGCUGAACGACGAGCCGUUUUCGGGCACCAGUGA